AUGGGGUGCAUCUAUUCCUCUGCUUUGCAGAAACAACACAAAUGUGGAGCAUUUGGAGGCCAGCAGUCAGGCAGGAAGAUAGUGGCAGCAAAGAAGAUGAAAAAGUCGCUGGAGUUGGUCAAUUCUAGUUUCCAACUCGUUAUGACAAGUGGAAAGUACAUGCUGGGGUACAAGCAGACUCUGAAAAUAAUCAGAUAUGGCAAAGUGAAACUGGUUGUCCUCGCCAACAACUGCCCAGCCUUGAGGAAAUCUGAGAUAGAAUACUGUGGCAUGUUGGCUAAAACUGGCGCCCAUCACUACAGUGGCAAUAAUAUUAAUUUGAGCACAGCAUGGAAGAAAUAUUACAGAGUUAGCACUCUGACUAGCAUUGAUCCAGGUGAUUCUGAUGUCAUUAGAAGCAUGCCAGAACAGAUUGGUGAAAAGUAAAUCAUGCAAAACUUUUCUUUAAUAAAACUGACCAGAGCUUGUUUUAAAAACACUGUUA